CCACCAGAGCAAAAUACAUUUUUAACGUAUGCACGGCUCCCACAGUUGCAGGAAAUUCGGAGGUCUCGUUGCAUCGUAUUGCAAAAAGCUGGUGACACGCACCACAAUGCCACAGUCGGUCGCCGGUAAAUCAGCGAAUUGGCUAGUCGGCCGGUUAGUUCCCUGUCACACCCCGAUCAUUUGCUUGAACUUGGAAUUCCAAUCGAAUUUGCUCUAAGCUUUCCAUUCAGCGCUGCAAGGUGGUUUAAAAAGGCAGCAUUCAGCAAUUUGCCUUCAUAUGAAAACCAGUUAGGAAGCAAGUCGGGCGUGUUUCGGUUGCGCAUCGGUUGCAUUCGAAUGGUACUGCUUCUACCCCAAGUAGUAUUGGCAUUAAAAACAAAAGUAUAGUGUUUAAUAAAAAAAAAAAAUAUUAAUGAACUACUCUGCCGUGAGCCCAACAAAUUCGUAACGACUUUCUUAAAAAAUCGGAAACGCUGCUCCGCUUGCAACGUGGCGUGAAAUUAUAAACGCAUUUCUAUCGUGCGUGUACGUGUGCGUGAGUGUGUGUAACAGUGAAAAAUAUAGGUACCAAUUUAAUAUACAUACAUACAUAUAUAUUUGAAAAUUGGGUAUAUACCUAAGCGAUGUCCCUCAUUCCGUUUAUACUCGAAUUGGCCGAUGAGUUGCAUGAAUUCAAUCGUUGCCUGGCCACCGGUGGUAUGGAUGUCGACGACUUCGGUUUUGGUAUCUAUCCGCAUGAAUUGCAGCCGCAGCAACAACAAACACAGACGCAACAUCCUCUGCAACAGCAACAGCCGCAGCAGCAGCAUUUGUCGCAACAGCGACGCCCACGCCCCCUCUCGCAGUUCUAUUGGAUGCCAAAUAUAAGUAAAAGUCGUCACCAUCCCUACUAUCGAGGCAAGCCAUGUUGUAACAAAACGCCCAUACAAUUAGUGUACGAGCAUCAUUUGGAAAAGGAGUCGUCCUCGACUGCUGGGGGUGGAGGUGGCGUCGCCGGCACCAACACCACCGGCGGAACAUCCGCUGGGGACAAGGAGUCGGCGGCUAAUACACAUUCGCCUAACCCAGGCACGCAUAAUGUUUCAUCAACUACAGCAGCAGGCAAAUCCGCAUAUUCGGUGGUGAAUAAGAACGGCUUUCAGGUCAGCAUGAAUGUGAAGCAGUUUGCACCAAACGAGCUGACCGUAAAGACAAUCGAUAACUGUAUCGUCGUCGAGGGUCAGCACGAAGACAAAGAGGAUGGACAUGGCGUCAUCUCGCGACACUUUAUCCGAAAGUACAUGCUACCGAAGGGAUAUGACCCGAACGAAGUUCUUUCAACAUUGUCCUCGGAUGGAAUUUUGACUGUAAAGGCACCACCGCCAGCAAUGAAGACUGAUGAAACCCUAGAACGCAUUGUCGAUAUACAACAUACUGGGGGGCCAGUGCAAAUACAGAGCACUGCUAAAGAGCCAAACACUAUAAGCAGCGGAAAAGAAGACCAAGCAAAUGCAGCAGCCUCAGGAGUGGAGCAAGCAGCCACGUCAGUAGCAGUAGUGGCAGGAACAUUACCAACAUCAGCUAUAAUAACAUUGCAACAAAAGCAGCAGCAACCACAGCAGCCCCAACAGAUGGUUGCAACAGUCGAAAGUGUGCAACAACAGAAGCCGACAAAAGUUGCACAACCCGCAAUAAAAGACUUGCAGUUAACGCGAGAGCGUAAUGGCAAUCUUGAGCCGAAUGAGCUGCUCGCAGAGCAAGAAUCUGAGGCACGCACAGCUGAGCCGACAGCCUCGUCUUCCAAUGGCGACAAUAUAUCGAACAAUAACAACAUUAAUGACAACAGUGAAGUCAGUAACAUUAACAGAAGCGGUGUUAAAAGCUCUGUUGCUGCUUCCAAGCCCAAUUUAAAAACAGAUAUCAAAGAGAAAGAGAGUUUAGCAGAGGACGAUGCGAAAACAGUCGGUUCAGACAAUUUUAAUACUAAUGAAAAGGCACUCACAUCCUCUGUUGCAACAACGCCGGCAAUCGACGCCAUCAUGACUGCCGUUACUGCAGAUGAGCCAAUGGAGACGGAAGAAACAGAAGAAGAAAUCGUAAAAGACGUUGGUAAAAAAACGGCAGAAGACUCAUUGCUAACAUCGGAUAUCGAAGACGCCCUUCCACUCGUGAGCGACAUGAAUUCUGUUGCUAACUCAUCGUCAUCAUCCAACAACAAUUCCAAUUCUAAUAAUUUCGCAACUAACAACCACUCUUUAAACAUCGUUGAGACGAACGGUAUCGAAAUAACCUCAGCUAAUAGCGUUGACAUCGAAUUAGCGAGCUCAGCCAUUGUAGAAGCAAGCGACAUCAUUGUGGUUACCAACAAUGGCGUACCGGAAAUAAAGACGGCAGAAGGUCUAACCAUCAGCUUGGAAACGGCAGCAUCAGAAAUAGAUGAGACAACAGAAUUGGAAGCAGAAGUGUCUGAAGCUGCCGAUGCCGUUGAUGCUGAUAUGGAUGCGGAUGAUUUGGAUGGUGCUGCCGACAUUGGGGUGGGGGUAGAUGUUAAUAUAAUCGGUGACGGUGGGAGUAGAGCGAGCGUAGAAGAUGGCAAUGACGAAAGUAGCUCUGUUGGAAAUUUAGUGGUAGUUGCACAAUCCCCCAGUGCCGGUGACUUAGUGGCAGCAGCCGAUGCAGCCAUACUUUUAAGCAAGACACAAUGUGAUGUAAAUUCUGGGGCAGGUGACGUUGCAGCUGGUAAACUUGCAAUAACUACCGAAGAGAUAACUAAUUAAGCAAGGAAGAAGUAAGCAAAAAAUUCUGCCGCUACAGAAUGAGAGUAUUUCGGAUGAGAAAAGA